UCCCUCUUGCUCUUUCUCUCUCCCUCAUUGUCAGCCAAACACAGCCCUUUCAGACCUCCACUCAUGGGCUUACUCAUGGUCAGAGCUGGAGAGAACACUUGUCCUGAGGAGACUGGGGGAUCUAGAAAACCGUUUUCCCCAAAAGGCAUCCGAUGAAUCCCACCUAGGGCUAAAUGGAGGCAUAAUACAGAAGCACAGACUACUGACGUGAAGCGACUUUUCUCAGUGCGAUGGAAAAACCUUACAAUCCAGAGGUCACAUUCAGGUUGGAUGGUGACGUGGCCCAUCCUGCACCCAGCACCAUAGCCAGAGGACAGUGGGCCAGCAAAGUUGAGUUCCUCUUGGCUGUUGCAGGACAAAUCAUAGGUCUAGGAAAUGUGUGGAGGUUCCCUUACCUGUGCUACAAAAAUGGAGGAGGAGUGUUCUUUAUCCCUUAUGUGCUCUUCCUCUUUACCUGCGGCAUUCCUCUGUUUUUCAUGGAGAUAUCUCUGGGCCAGUACACCAAACAGGGAAGUAUAACCUGCUGGAGGAAGAUUUGUCCCCUUUUUGAAGGGAUUGGUUAUGGCACUCAGGUGGUGGUGUUAUACUCCAGCAUCUAUUAUGUCAUCAUCUUGGCCUGGGCGUUCCUCUAUCUCUUCUUCUCCUUUCGCACUGAAAUCCCCUGGGGGAGUUGCAAAAACAGCUGGAACACAGAAAACUGUGUGGAAUUCGAUCGAACAGCUGAUUACAUCAACUGGACCGUGCCUGAAAAUGCAACUUCCCCAGUGAGAGAGUUUUGGGAGAGAAGAAUUCUGAAUAUCACAGGAAGUGUCGAACAGAUGGGCGAGAUACGAUGGGAGUUGGCUCUGUGUCUUCUGUUGUCCUGGGUCAUCUGUUACUUUUGUGUCUGGAAAGGAGUCAAGUCAACUGGGAAGGUUGUUUACUUUACUGCCACAUUUCCAUAUGUGAUGCUGGCAGUGUUGCUUGUGCGUGGACUUACAUUGCCUGGAGCCUUAGAUGGGAUCAAGUUCUACCUCUACCCAGAUCCCUCUCGUCUCACUGAUCCACAGGUAUGGAUGGAUGCUGGCACACAAAUAUUUUAUUCCUAUGCUAUCUGCAUAGGGUGUCUAACUGCACUUGGCAGUUAUAACAAGUACAACAACGACUGUUACAAGGACUGUUUUUAUCUGUGCCUUCUAAACAGUGGCACCAGCUUUGUCGCUGGCUUUGCCAUCUUCUCUGUGCUUGGAUUCAUGGCAUAUGAGCAGCACACAGACAUAUCAAAAGUUGCUGAGUCAGGUCCUGGCUUGGCAUUCAUUGCCUACCCUCGAGCAGUCACCAUGAUGCCUUUCCCUCAAAUUUGGGCUAUUUUCUUUUUUGUAAUGAUCAUUCUGCUAGGAUUGGACAGUGAGUUUGUAGGUCUGGAAGCAAUGGCAACAGCAAUUUCAGAUAUGAAUCCUUCCUUCUUCCAAGUUGGCCAUAGACGUAAACUCCUUCUGCUCGGUAUAAGUGUCAUAAGUUUCUUCAUUGGCCUUUCAAUGGUUACAGAAGGUGGACUUUACAUCUUCCAGUUGUUUGACUACUAUGCUUGCAGUGGAAUGACUCUUCUACUCUUUGCCACACUGCAGUCUGUGUGUAUUGGAUGGGUUUACGGGGUAGACCGGUUUUACGACAACGUAGAGGACAUGAUUGGAUACAAGCCAUUGUCUGUGAUUAAGCAUUGUUUGAAAUAUGUCACUCCAGUAAUAUGCAUGGGAACAUUUGUUUUCUCCCUGAUCAAAUACACUCCAGUGAAGUUCAACAAUACCCUUGAGUAUCCAUGGUGGGGUUAUGCCCUUGGCUGGUGGUUCACUCUCUCCUCUACACUCAUGGUUCCACUCUGGAUGCUGUACAAUGUGAGCAGAACUCCUGGUACACUGCAACAGAGGAUCUCCACUUUAUGUACUCCAGCUGAAGAUCUUCCAUUGAACAAAUCAGAGAAGAAAGCACUUGAACUGAUUGACUUGACCUCAUGUCCUGACAGCAUGAUGUCUUAGUAACCACAGGCAAACUGGUGCAGAUUCAUAUCGAACAUCACUUGGAAAAUAAAAACUUGUCCCAGAGCACUCAAACUCUCAUCAAGGUAAUGUUUCCCACUUGUUUGGUUAUGACGGUUUAAAACAAAGCAAUUUCUACUUGUGACUUUUGUAACUGACAUAUAUCUUUUGAUUGUCCCAGGUUAAACCAAAGAAUAGUUUGAGUUCUUUUUAAAAGGCUUGAAAUGCUUAAAAUUCUCUUCGAAAAAAAACAGUUUUGAGUUUUUUCCUGAUGAAGGAACAUGUUUCAGCUCCCCUUUUAAUCACAAAAAUGUGCCCCUGCAGAUUAAUCUUGCAAACAACCCCAUUAGUGGUCCCUGGACCCUGACCUCCUGAUUGUGGGUCACUGCACUGUCCUAUCAAAGUUGGGCAAAUAUGGCUCAAAGACAUGACAUAAAAAAGAAGAAGAAAAAUAUGUGGAAGGGAACCUUUGCUUGACAAAUAAGUUAUACCAUACUAUCAAUUAUUCUAUUGUCCAGAUGGUUAAUUAACUACUGGUCCCACUGGUCUUAAAUAACGAUUCAGCUAGAAAUCAACAUUGGAUUUAAUAUUUAGCAUUCCAAGUAGUUCAUAAUGUUGGUAUGCAUAAAAAGUGUAUUUUUCUUAGUGUUUCAAUGAAGAAACUCCUGCCAAAAAAGCCAUACAGAUUGAAAACUUGUGUCACUUUUAGGUCACUAAGCUCAGAGUGAAUUUUAUAUAAAAGUAGUGACAUGGGAGGGGAAUCCACUCAUGGGUCCUGUUGAAACUUUGAACAUUGCAUGCACCUUAGCCAACUGAGCCACCAUGCUGUCCCAGCACCAAAGUGUUUCUGCUGUUUAAAAAAAGAAGGGCAUGUACCUGUCACACAGGUAGAGUCAAAACAGCACCAACAAAUGGGUGUUUGGUUGUAAAUAAUGUCAACUGUUGAUGCCAGCUAGUUGGUUUGUGUUGAUAGAAGCACUGAGUACUUAAGAGGAACAUUGUGCAAACUUGUUGACUGUUACAGUCACAUUCACAAAAUGAUAUUUUUAAACAGUAAUAAUGAAUAUAUUUUUAUGUUGCUCACCUUCCUUAUACUUUUAUAGUGAAAACUAACUCUACAAGUUUGCGGUUUCAUGUUUUUAUCAAUUUGUGUAGUUUGAUACAUAUAUUCUAAAAUGUAAAAUUCCAACAACUCAUAAAUGCUGUACGAUAUUUUUCAACUUCAAGAAUCAAUGAAUAACUGAAUUGUUCAAAUAUGAUCUGUUUUUUAAGGAUUUUUGUGACAAUGAUCACAUGAUUUCAUGUUUAAUCUGACAAUGACAUUUUAUAUUAGCUAUAAUUGUCUUGUAAAUACCUGUACAUCACAAAUGACAAAUUAGCUCCUGUUUUAUUAAAGCAAAUGUUUGGGUGAUUGUAUCAAUUUUACAACUGUUGUAACAUACACAAGUGUACAUAUACAACUGAAUAAGUUUAUUUUAUUCAUUGAUUUUCACAUCAUCGUAUUAAACAAUGUGCCAUUAUCCAUGAAAUCUGUUAUUAAUGUGAAUAAAUAAAGUGGUUGAUCAUGA